GAGUUUCGCAGGCUGACCGCAGCGUUCUCUUCGCACGAAAGGCACCACAAUAUUGCGACAUUCCUCACCACUUUUGGAGAUCUGAGAGCCUUAUAUUCUUCAUGUCCUCUUUCUUCUGAACCACCACUACAUCCUGCCGUACGGUGACAGCAUUAUGGGUACUGACACUAAGAGAUCGCUGCUCUCUACCAAUGAGAAGCACACCGACUCGGACGGGUUCCCCGGGAUCCCGCCUCCAGCCGCAGCGACUACACACUCUCUCCCAAAGAAGAAGUCUUGGUUGAGGAAGAUCUUGGUGCACUGCGUCGCCCUUUCGUUGUUGGUGUUGACUGUCCACCGUUGGGUUUAUGUGAUUAGACCGGAAGUUAAUGCUGAGGCUGAGAAGUUCUUGUCUAACCCUUACGGACUCCUCGAUCAUCCCCAUCAUGGUCAUCAUAGCCAUAAGAUUCUGAACGGAAAGUUGGCGGAGGAGCUGUUCUUGAAAGUUCCCAAUGAAGCGAGCUCCAUUGAAGCCUCUCGUAAAUAUGCAGGCAAACCCCAUCUCGCUGGGUCUCCGCAGGAUUUGGUUACUGCCAAAGAUUUCCUCGCUCUACUUCAAACUGAGCUCGGUAUUAAGCCUCCCUCUGAGGAGCCUCUCUUCUCCGCUGGCACCACCGCUUCUCGUAACGCGACCUUAUCUAUUCCCAAAUUGACUGCCCCAACUGCAUGGAUUGAUACCUAUUACCCGGUUCUCAAUACGCCAUUGGACCAUAGUGUCGAAAUCCUUGAGGACGACGGCAGUGUUGCUUGGAAAGCUAAACUUGAGGAAGUCGCGGAUGAGACCGAUCCUGAUGCUGGGAAGUACUUCGAGGAGGUUUUGACAUGGCAUGGACUUAGCAAGGGCGGUGAAGUCAAGGGAAAGCUCGUGUAUGGCCACUAUGGAAGGCAAGAGGAUUACAAGGCCCUUGUUGAAAGUGGCGUGAACUUGAAUGGUACUAUUGUUUUGGUCCGCUACGGAGGAAUAUUCCGUGGUCUCAAGGUUAAAGGCGCAGAAGAACUUGGUGCUGCUGGUGUCCUCAUCUAUUCUGACCCUCGUGAUGAUGGUACAGUGACAGUCGAGAAUGGAUAUGUUCCGUAUCCGAACGGGCCUGCCCGCAACCCAACUUCUGUUCAGCGUGGAUCCGUUCAAUAUCUGUCAUUAUACCCUGGUGAUCCUACUACUCCGGGUUAUCCUUCGUAUGAGAAUUCGACUCGAAGCGACUCGGUGAACAUCCCUGCGAUUCCCAGUCUGCCUCUAUCUUGGAACAACGCAAAGGUUUUGCUCGAGGAAAUUGAGAGCGGGAAGAAUAGAACAGUCUCACUGGUCAACCAUGUUGAUGACAGAGUCAUCCCUCUUUGGAACACGUUGGGUGUCAUUCCUGGUCAUAUCAAAGACGAGGUUGUGGUCAUUGGUAACCAUCGAGAUGCUUGGGUACUUGGUGCCGCCGACCCUACCUCGGGGACUGCCUCGAUCCACGAGACCAUUCGUGGACUCGGCGCUCUUGUUAGGAAGGGAUGGAAGCCACUCAGGACUAUCGUUAUUGCCAGCUGGGAUGGAGAAGAAUAUGGUCUAAUCGGAAGUACGGAAUGGGGCGAAGACUUCGCUGAAUGGAUUGAUGAACAUGUUGUCGCAUACCUCAACCUUGAUGGUUCUGCUUCUGGCUCUAGAUUUAGUGCUAGCGCAUCCCCUUCUCUCGCUCACCUCUAUCACAACACCGCUCAGCGCAUUCCUCACCCUACCAAGCCAGGCUUAACAUUAUGGGAUGCCACCAAAGAUAGCGGUGUUCUGACUGGCGACGAGAUUGAUGCUGAAGUCGUCCAGAUGUAUGAAGCUGACGCCAAAACCGCUGACAGCCUCGGUGUGAAGCCUCUAGGCUCUGGGAGUGAUUUCACCGUAUUCCUGCAGCGUUUGGGGGUUGCCAGCGGUGGAGAAGGCUUCUCAUCGACCUUGCAAGAUCCUGUGUAUCACUAUCACAGUGUAUACGACAGCGAGAGAUGGAUGGAACUUUACGGUGACCCCGGUUUCUUCCGUCAUGUCGCCGUCGCUAAACACCUGGGUCUCGUCACCCUUGGCAUUGCUGAUGCUGUGGUCCUCCCUCUAAACACCACGCAUUAUUCUCUCGAGUUGCAAGCCUACUUGGACAAUGUCGAAUCCAUCGCCUCCAGUGCAUCACUUGACGUGGACUUCUCUUCACUCAGAGCGUCCAUCAAGACUCUCCAGUCUGCGAGCACAAGCCUCGACAAGGAAAAGUUCAAGGCCGAGCGCGAGUUGAGACAUCUCAUCAAGCACGUUAUUAGGAGGCGAAUUUUCAGACGCAACGCUCGACGUGCUCUCUGCAAAAUCAAGAAAGUCUUUGGCAGAAAAUGUGAAUGUCCUCACAAGGCCAAACUUCAGGGCGCUGUGAUUCCUACGAUGAAAUCCGAGAGUGGUCGCGAAUUCAGACCUCGCAUUGGCCGGUUCCCUGCUUGGGUUCAGGAGCAUCAUGAGCAUCGUCAUGGACAUGGCAAGCCGCAAUUCCCCAGGAAGAAGUUCGAGAAAGUUAUCAAGCGUAUCCGGAAAGUCAACCAGAAGCUUGUUGCAUUUGAGCGUGGAUUUAUACAUGAGGAAGGCAUCAGGGAUCGUGAGUGGUACCGCCAUUUGGGUGUUGCCCCAGGAAAGUGGCUUGGUAAGUCGCACGUUGUCUCGCUUAUAUUCCAUACGCGCUUACAUUUUAUUGUUCGUUGUAGGAUAUGGUGCUACAACACUCCCUGCGCUCACUGAAGCAUUGACCAUUGAACAUAAUACCACUUUGGCCAAGUAUGAAGCGGAUAGGCUCCAAGGACUGAUUGACGAUCUUGCGAAGAAGAUCAAGGCCUGAGGAAUGAUACCAUGUACCAAUUGGAUUGGAUGUCUAACAGACGAGUGCUCCGUGGAUGUAACAUUAGAACGGAUCGGCGUAUAUGUACUAUAUGUAAGGAUGCCUCUGUAGCCGUUCGGUAUCACACAUCUCGACAACAAGGAUACAUACCCUAAGUUUUGAGAGCUC